CACGCCGCGCCCCGCAGCGACCGGCUUCCUCUUCGCUGGGGUGGCGCUGGGCUCUCGAGCGCUCGGGUGACCGCCGCGGCCGCGCGCCCCUCCCCCGCUGCCGCGCGCAGCUCACCCGCCCGUCGCUCCGCACAGGGUUGGAUGGUUGUGCCGGGCAGGGUGACUCCAGGAUGUUAGGGACUGUGAAGAUGGAAGGGCAUGAGAGCAGCGACUGGAACAGCUACUACGCGGACACGCAGGAGGCCUACUCCUCUGUCCCCGUCAGCAACAUGAACUCCGGCCUGGGCUCCAUGAACUCCAUGAACACCUACAUGACCAUGAACACCAUGACCACGAGUGGCAACAUGACACCGGCUUCCUUCAACAUGUCCUACGCCAACCCGGGCCUAGGAGCCGGCUUGAGUCCCGGUGCUGUGGCCGGCAUGCCCGGGGGCUCUGCAGGCGCCAUGAACAGCAUGACGGCGGCCGGUGUCACGGCCAUGGGUGCAGCGCUGAGCCCGGGAGGCAUGGGCUCCAUGGGAGCGCAGCCCGCGGCCUCUAUGAACGGCCUGGGCCCCUAUGCGGCCGCCAUGAACCCGUGCAUGAGCCCCAUGGCGUACGCGCCGUCUAACCUAGGCCGCAGCCGCGCCGGGGGCGGUGGCGACGCCAAGACAUUCAAGCGCAGCUACCCGCACGCCAAGCCGCCCUACUCCUACAUCUCGCUCAUUACCAUGGCCAUCCAGCAGGCGCCCAGCAAGAUGCUCACGCUGAGUGAGAUCUACCAGUGGAUCAUGGACCUCUUUCCCUAUUACCGUCAAAACCAGCAGCGCUGGCAGAACUCCAUCCGCCACUCGCUGUCUUUCAACGACUGUUUCGUCAAGGUGGCACGGUCCCCGGACAAGCCGGGCAAGGGCUCCUACUGGACGCUGCACCCGGACUCCGGCAACAUGUUCGAGAACGGCUGCUAUUUGCGCCGUCAGAAGCGCUUCAAGUGUGAGAAGCAGCCGGGGGCCGUAGGCGGGAGCGGGGGUGGCGGCUCCAAGGGUGGCCCCGAAAGCCGUAAGGACCCCUCCGGCGCAGGUAACCCCGCCGAGUCGCCCCUUCACAGGGGUGUGCACGGAAAGGCUGGUCAGCUAGAGGGCGCGCCGGCCCCCGGGCCUGCCGCCAGCCCCCAGACUCUGGACCACAGCGGGGCCACGGCGACAGGGGGCGCUUCGGAGUUGAAGUCCCCAGCCUCUUCCUCGGCGCCCCCCAUAAGCUCCGGGCCAGGGGCGCUGGCAUCUGUACCCCCCUCUCACCCGGCGCACGGCCUGGCACCCCACGAAUCGCAGCUGCACCUGAAAGGGGACCCCCACUACUCCUUUAACCACCCGUUCUCCAUCAACAACCUCAUGUCCUCCUCGGAGCAGCAGCACAAGCUGGACUUCAAGGCAUAUGAGCAGGCACUGCAGUACUCUCCCUAUGGUGCCACCUUGCCCGCCAGUCUGCCCCUUGGCAGCGCCUCAGUGGCCGCAAGGAGCCCCAUCGAGCCCUCAGCACUGGAGCCGGCCUACUACCAAGGUGUGUAUUCCAGACCCGUGCUAAAUACUUCCUAGCUCCCAGGACUGGGGGUUUGUCUGCAUGACCAACUUGGUAGCAGGAGAGAAAAACCAACAGCAAACGAAACCACACAACACCAAACCAACCACAUAACAAAAAUCCCAACUCUUUUUAUUUUUCAUGCACAAUUUUCCCCAGUGCAAAGGACUGUUACUUUUAUUAUUGUGUUCAACACUUGUUGUGUGUAUUAUUACAAAUACAACCGACUCCAUAUCAACAUUUUUUUCCUGUGAAGUUUAAUAAUGAUCCAUAAAUGUAUAUAUAGAAAACCUUCCUCCUUCCUUGCCCUCGUCCCCGUUCAGUCUUUCCCCUGUGGGCACAUCUUAGUCUGUGCAGGGCUUAUUUAAAAAAGAAAAUGGUCAAGUCUGUAAACUAUUUGUUUGUGCUUUUGUUGUUGUUGUUUGUUGUUGCUGCCCCUCCUUACCUAGGCCCAUCACAAGAGUUUACAGGUCUGUGGCAAUUCUCUUAACUCAGUAAAGAAACGAAUAGACAGCAAGGGCUCUUGAGAGUACUGAAAGACAGUACUGCCAUGAUGCCACGGUAAGGUAUAAACAGGUUACAUACGUGAGAGCCAUUUGUUUUCAGCUUACAUUUCCGAUGCAUUCAGAUAGUGGAUGCCUUUAAAUGAAAUACAUAUAUAUAUAUAUAUUGUCUGUGGACUUAGUCACGCUCACAUACGAAGACCUCGUCCACUUUUGCAUAACAUGUAGAGGUAAUACGUAAUAGACGUGCAACAUUUUCAAAAAUUGCCUGACCAAGUUACAAGGAUCCCCUACACACUCGUUUGUCUUCUCUACCCGCACAUGACCCCCCCUCCCCCAGAACCAAUUCCCUCCUAACUCUGCUCCUUGCUCUGCAGAGUGCCAUGGUCAUCUCAUUCUGAGGUCACAUGUAUAAAAAUUAGCUUUUGUGUAUGUAUACCAUUUAAAGGAUACCCCGCAGGGGGAAAAGGAAGUAUAUUAUCGAGGAGAGAGAAGUUAUAAGAGACGCAUUGCAAAAUCGUGCCCAACGUUCCAAAGUCCCCGUUGUGGCCAUUUUAGUUCUUGCUCCUUUCAUCCAGUGUUCGCGCACUUUCCCCAGCUGGCCGUGGUGUUAGUCUUAGACAAGCGGGUUUCACUCUGAUUCCUCUUCGCCUCCUCAAUGUUAAUUUAUUGCAUGUUUUCUCCUGUUCCUUUACAGCUGAGAUUGCUUUAAAUGAUGGUUAAAAUUACAAAUUUAAAAAUGUUAAUUUUUAUCAAUGUGAUUGUAAUGAAGAUAUUUUGAUUUAAGUAACAAAAAUAAUACAAGAUUUUAAUCUGUGGAAUAUGUUCCCGAUCAUUUGCAGUUAAGGAAUUUAAAUAAAUCAAACGUUAACAACAAA